AUUUAAACACCAACAGCGGCCGCACCCUCUCAGCGUGCGGCGAGGGCGGGGCGACGUGAGUGUGCGGAGCUCGGCAUGGCGGGCGUGCGGCUGGUGCCGUGUGACGGGGGCUGCCCCGUAGCGCUGCCGCCCGGGGAGACGCUGCUGGGACGCGGCCCUUUGCUGAGUAUUACUGAUAAGCGAGUAUCCCGAAAACAUGCCAUAUUGGAAGUGGUGGGUGGCCAGAUUCAUGUAGAUUCAUGCUUUUAUCAGUCUCCCGAGAACGGCCGUCUGCUACCAUUGGAAGCUCAUGAAUGGCACUCAUUGAAAUUUGGUGAUAGCUUUUCCCUGAUGGUUGACAAAUACAUCUUCAAGGUCCUUUCUGCUCAACCUGUGGAGAGCACAGAGAGGAAUAGUGAAGAGGCUGAUGCAGAAGCAGCAGUAAGUGUUCACCCUGUUGAGAUAUCUCAUAGUCCAUUGUUACCUGAGCCAGCUUGUUCCACGUCUGAGAUGCAAGGUAGCACAAAAAUAAGAAGAAAUGACUCCACUUCCACACAUCUGGUUCCUUUUUGUGACGAUGAUGAAAGUGAACAGUCAAAAUCUAUUCAAAGGAAAAGGGUGCUUCCAUCAUGGAUGCUGGAAAAAGACCUCCUGGUUCCAAGGAUUUCUGAGCCUGUAGUGAAAGGAGGUAAUUCCUUUUUUUUUUUUUUUCCUUCUUUCAAGGUGAUAGAACAAAAAAGCCAAGGAAGGGGAAAAAGCAAUAUAGAAUCUUUAAAGUCAGAAGUAAAUAUUCUGCAGAGAAAAAGAUCAGCUUCUGAAGAAAUUAAAGAGAAUUUUGAAGAUGAGGAGCAAGAUGAGGAGGAAGGGAAACAUCUGUCCUCCUCUUCAUUACAGAGUGCAUCUGGAUUUCCUCUUGAAAGUACCAUGGGAAACACGGAAAGAAAAGGCAAGACUGAAACAAAAAAAGCUGGAAGUUCUAUGGAAAAAAGUAACAGGCAGCUGCAUAGUAAACGAUCUAAACCAUCAGGUCAGAUCUCCAGUAAGACAAAUAGACUUGAGGAAUCAGAAAACAAAGGACAGCUUACUUGUUCUACAAGCCAACAAGCUCCCCGGGGCAGGACUUCACCUACUGGUGCCCAGGAAGGUACUCAUGAGCCCAAUGCAGAUGUGGAUUACAACACUGAGGUUUCUUAUACAACCAAAGGUGCUGAGGCUUCAGAAAGCUCCAGAAGGAUGAAGCAUAAGAGGACACCUUGCAUGUAUGGAGCAGGCUGUUACAGGAGGAAUCCCGUUCACUUUCAGCAGUUCAGUCACCCUAAUGAUGAUGAUUAUUAUGAAACUCACAGUGUAACUCAAGAUGACAACGAUAACCGCCCCGAAUGUCCAUAUGGAACUGCUUGCUAUAGGAAGAAUCCACAACACAAACUUGAAUACAAGCACACUGUACCUCCAGUAACUGAAAGACGAACCCGACAACGAACUUCCAAGGACGGAAAAAGGGGUUUAGAGGAAGACAGUGAUAACGAUGGUGAACCAAAUGAAUAUGAUCUCAAUGACAGCUUCAUUGAUGAUGAGGAAGAGGAGUGUGAACCUACUGAUGAAGAUUCUGACUGGGAACCAAGUUCAGAAGAAAAGGAUAAUGAAGAUGUUGAAACACUUGUGAAAGAAGCACAGGGAUUUGUUAAGACCAAAAAGUAGCUGCACUGAAUAACGUUACGAAUGUGCAAUCCAGUUGUAUUAAAAUUUGGAUGUGCAAGAACAGAAAUUGCUUUGAAAACUACUUUUUCCUCAGUGAUGUAGAAACUAUGGGAAGAGCUUAGCUUAAUGGUGGUGAAGGGAUUCAGCAAUACCUUUCUUUUUGUGUGAAUUUCACACUUUUUUUUUUUAAGUGGUGGAGUUAAAUGAGCUCUGGGAUUCUACUAUGUGUCAGCUGAAGUAGGACUUUGUGAAACAGAACUUUCUCAGCUAUUUCUUCUCCAGCAUCAUUAGUCUGGCUGUACGAAGUACAAUUUUAAAGGUUCAUAAUGCUUUAUCUCUCCAUCCAAAUACUGACAUUAGAAAAGCCUUUAGAUUUGCCAAAACACAAUAUAUACUGUAUUAAAUAAAGAGGAACCAGACUUCAUACCUGCCAUGUCCCAGGCUGAUUCUUGGCCAUCACUGAGGAAAUCUGUCUAAACCAUUUUUCAGUUAUUGAAACUUUACAUUUCAUUAAUCAGCUACUAGCUUUCCUUUUAAGCUUUACUUCCUUGAUUGUCUUGAUGUACAGCAGUUAAAUACUGGUUGUCUGAAUAACUUCAGAAUAUCUAAGUGUACUGAAUGUCUGAUGAUGCCCCCACACAAGUUAUGGUGUAUUUGCUUUAAUCACAGUACCUGUUCAAAUACAUGUACAUCCUGGAGCUGUUUGGUUCACCAAAAAGCUGAAAUAAAAUGACUAUUUUUGCACAAUUAAACUUAUAAUAAGCCAUGAGGGAAAAAACCUUC